GCGGUGACCGUCCUCCGAGUCCAUCGGCUCGCGCCCCGCCCCCGUUCCCGCUGCCCCCUCCCCUGCCGCGCGCGCGGGGGGUGUUUCUCGCUCCUCCCGGGUUGCCGCCGCCGUCGCCCCGGCUCCUCCUCUCCCAGUCUUAGGCUUCCCUGGCGCUCCUGCCGCCGCUGCGUCUGCGGUCUGUAUGAGGAGGAGGAUGUGAAGAUGGCGGAGCUGCAGAUGCUGCUGGAGGAGGAGAUCCCGGGGGGCCGCCGGGCCCUCUUCGACAGUUACACGAAUCUGGAACGGGUGGCCGAUUACUGCGAGAACAACUACAUCCAGUCAGCGGAUAAGCAGCGAGCCCUAGAAGAAACCAAAGCCUACACCACCCAGUCCUUAGCAAGUGUUGCCUAUCUGAUCAAUACCUUGGCCAACAAUGUCCUGCAGAUGCUGGAUAUCCAGGCAUCCCAACUACGAAGGAUGGAGUCUUCAAUCAAUCAUAUUUCACAAACCGUUGAUAUUCAUAAAGAGAAAGUUGCAAGAAGAGAAAUUGGUAUUUUGACUACCAAUAAAAACACUUCAAGGACACAUAAGAUUAUUGCUCCAGCCAACCUUGAACGACCAGUUCGAUAUAUUAGAAAACCUAUCGACUAUACAAUUCUAGAUGAUAUUGGACAUGGAGUAAAGGUGAGUACCCAGAAUAUGAAGAUGGGUGGGCUGCCGCGUACAACACCUCCAACACAGAAGCCCCCCAGCCCCCCUCUGUCAGGCAAAGGGACACUUGGGCGGCACUCCCCCUAUCGCACACUGGAGCCAGUGCGUCCUCCAGUGGUACCAAAUGAUUACGUACCUAGCCCAACCCGUAAUAUGGCUCCCUCGCAGCAGAGCCCUGUGAGGACAGCUUCUGUGAAUCAAAGAAAUCGAACUUACAGCAGCAGCGGGAGCAGUGGGGGAAGCCACCCGAGCAGCCGGAGCAGCAGUCGGGAGAACAGCGGAAGUGGGAGUGUGGGCGUCCCCAUCGCCGUGCCCACCCCCUCUCCUCCCAGCGUCUUUCCAGCCCCCGCUGGCCCCGCCGCUCCUCCUCCCCUUCCUGCCGCUCCCGCGUCCGCCCCCGCCCCGCUCGGCCCCGCCGCCGCCCCGCCUGCCGCGGCCCCAGACGCCGCCGCUGGGGGCGCCCAGACCCUUGCCGAUGGCUUCACUUCUCCAACUCCCCCUGUUGUUUCCUCCACUCCCCCGACAGGUCAUCCUGUUCAGUUCUACAGCAUGAAUAGACCUGCCGCUCGACACACUCCCCCAACCAUAGGGGGCUCCUUGCCCUAUAGACGCCCUCCUUCCAUCACUUCACAAACAAGCCUUCAGACUCAGAUGAACGGAGGACCAUUUUAUAGCCAGAACCCAGUAUCUCUUGCUCCUCCUCCUCCCUCCAUCCUACAGGUAACUCCUCAGUUACCUUUAAUGGGAUUUGUGGCCAGAGUCCAAGAAAAUAUUUCAGAUGCGCCACCCCCCCCACCGCCUGUGGAAGAGCCGGUCUUUGAUGAAUCCCCGCCGCCGCCGCCCCCUCCAGAAGACUACGAAGAGGAAGAGGCCGCCGUGGUUGAGUAUAGUGAUCCUUAUGCUGAAGAGGACCCACCGUGGGCCCCACGGUCUUACUUGGAAAAGGUUGUGGCAAUUUAUGAUUAUACAAAAGACAAGGAAGAUGAGCUGUCCUUUCAGGAAGGAGCCAUUAUUUAUGUCAUCAAGAAGAAUGACGAUGGUUGGUAUGAGGGAGUUAUGAAUGGAGUGACUGGGCUUUUUCCUGGGAAUUACGUGGAGUCUAUCAUGCAUUAUUCUGAGUAAAGCUCAGCAGGGCUGUCUCCCUCACAGGAAUAGUCAGGUCUUCCCAGAUUAUCGAAAGGCCCUGGGGAUUCCCCUCCAGUGAAAUUGAAUGAAGGAUACAAAUGACAAAAGCUACUUUUUUUUUUUUUUUUGGUUUAUCCCUCAGUAUUAAAACAAAAAAGCAAGCUGAAUUUGAACAAAUGGAUCUUUCUGCCAUCACUUACACUAUGCUGAGCUGUUUGGAUUGAAAUAAAGUGACGGUUUCUGAAUAUAUCAGAGGUAUAACAGCGUAACUAUGUGAAACAAAUCAGGUUAAGACUGAUUCAGAAAAAAAAUCUGGGAUCUUUCUCAGGAAUAUUGUACACCCUUGGGAUUUCUCCUCCUGCGGAAUCUGUGGCACUGGGUGCCCUGCAGUGCCUGUGCUGAAGGUUAGCCGCGUGGCCCAGUGCGUGCCCUAGCCCCACACUCGCUUCCACUUGUAUGAGGAGGGGGAACCGAUAUUUAAGUAUCAUACAUAACCAUUUUUGUAACUGUUUCAGAUGGCCUAUUUCCUCUUCAGCACUGUAAAUUUGCAUUUUCUCAGCACUUGAGUGCUCUGAACAAGUUAAUGUUGAGCUGACUUGCAUCCCUUCAUGUUUCUCAGUUCGUAGAUUAUGAGAUCGAUUUGCGUCUCCAUUCUGAGGGUGGUUGUCUUACGGGGCUGCUGCUGCAAGACCGCGUUGCUGCUGCUGGCUGUGCGCCCGCUGGGGUGACGGUGCGGCCGGCUUCGGGGGCUCAGGUGGGCGCGCCGAGGUAGACAGGGAGGCUCCUGAGGUUCUAGAGAGGGGAACAGUGGAAGUGGCCUGCUCACUAGGUUCAGUUCCUAAACCCUGGCCUUAGGUGCUGUUUUGAGGAGUAGGAUCUUAGAGGUCAGACCAACUAUUUCUUUACUUCUCUCACUAUUUAGGAAACAAACAAAUUUUUUUUAAUAGUUUAUUUUCAAUUCUCUUGAGAGUCACUGGGAAUAAAAGGCUUGCUCCUGUGCUGUCUGAAUGUUAUUAAUGGCAAGUGUUAGCUACUGUUGAAUUUGUUUACUCACUUAGAAAAGAUAACUAUUCCCCUGAUUCUGUGUGUUUGGCCUUUGCAGUAGCUGCUCUUGGUGAGAAUCUGAACCUUAUAUUUCAGAUUAAGAAUAGUGGGAUGAGUGGUAUAAGGCCAAGUGCUUAUCCAAGUUGUUUUUUUUUUUCCUUCAUCUGCACAAUUACAGCUUUGAAUUCAGUGGAGUUUGGAAGGCAGAUGACUUUAGUCAUCUCUUGUGUAAUAGAUAUUGAAAAAAAUCCAGGAGGCCAGGCUGUUGGGCAGGUAAAUACCGUGGUGACGCGCCCGCUCACAGGCCAGAGCUGCCACAGGUCCGUCCUGGUCUCAGUGACCUGGCCGGGAGAGAGCUUUGCAGGUGACUUCCCCGUGCUGGGUGAGAGGUGAGGCGGCAGCCGCGUGUAUUUCAGACAUGGGCCUUGAACAUGAUAGCGCAGGUGAGGAACGUGACUGAAAAGUGAGCAAGUGUAGUAGGUGUGAGGGAGUGCAGACAGAGCUAAUACUCUACCUAUGAAUUUAUUAUCAGAGCACAAAACUCAUCACCAUGUAGCUGAGAGCCAGAUAGUGUUUCCUUAAGAAUUUUGUUUCAGAGUUGCAGUUUUUCCCUCACACAGUGCAGUUAGCAGAGAUUUCCCGGAGACUGCAUUUCAUUUUCAUUAACUUGCCUCCAGUACACUGUAAGUUACACUUCAUACUUUGUUAGGUCACCUUGAUACUCUCAAUUCCCUGUCUUCCUUCAAAGUAAUGGCCCUUGAGUGUCCUCUGAGCCUUCAGCUUCAUUAUGGAUGCAACCAAGACUAGACUUGGAGAGGUUAAACUCUUUUAGUGUUGGUGUGUAACUAGGAAAACUGUUUUGAAAUUAGACGUUCAAAGUUAUUUAAAUAGUUUUUUGCUGAGAAAGCUUAGUGGACUAAUAAAGCAGAAGGUAUUUCAAAAUCCAGCAAAUAGCUCCCACAGCUCCCACCUUCAGAAGCCCAGAAGACAACUGCAUAAAGAGUUGGUGGUGGUCAGCUUGCCUGUUGGACCCCUGCUGGACUGGGGAGCUGAGAAGAUACUGCUGAAGACCUGCAGCACGGGGAUCCAUGGGUCGGCCGACUUUCCUGUAUUUUUUAGUACUAGUGUGUGUGUAGUUUUUUGUUUUAAAAACAACACCUGUUGGAGUUUCUGCAUAUUUUAUGUUUUUUGUACAGUUUUAAAUUCUGUAUAUUGUUUUGGAAGGAUACUAUGUAAUGAUGAUGGGCCAGGCUUAAAGUCAUUGGAGACUUUUAAUAUUUCAUAGACUGCAUGUUAUUAAUAGUCUGUGAGGGUAGUAUUUGUUUUAUUGUAAGUUCAUCCCAGUGUAAAAUAAACUACAAGAUGGUUGGUAGUAGGAAUUCUAAACGAGUGCAGAAAUCUUACAUGCUACAUAGUAUUGUGGCAAAGGUGAUUCAGGUAUAAAAUCUGCUGACCAGUAAGCAACCAUUUUAUUGGGCUAGAGGAGGUCCAUUUCCUCUUGAAGUGUUUUUGACUUGUGUCCACUCCCUUUUGCCUUUAAAAAAAAAAAAAAAAAGAGGAAGGGAUUUGACUUACAAGUUGUUCCCUUUUUAAAAGUAUUACUAUUGGACAGGCCAUGGGGAUUUCAACGAAAGCAUAUUUUCUUGUUGACCUUAUGACCUAGGCAAUAAAUUGAAAACCUAAAUCUUGUCAACAUGUCAAAAUCUAGAUUUGAGAGAUUGAGCCUGUUGUUUGAAAUACAUAUGAAUCCCUUACAGUGUCUUGUUUAGUACUUCCCAUCUUUUGUCGACUUGCUUUUCUGUCUUCUCCAGGACACCUGCUAUUCCUACCGCAGGGUUCGGGACCUGCUAUUUUUGCUGUGUUCAUUACCCAGCCAGAGAGACUUUUCUGUGUCUUCACAGUGGUCUCUGUAAUGUAGCUGUGCGCCUCAGCAGUCUCAUGAUCACUCAGAUUUUUCUGUCUGAGAGGCAUGAAAAUGACAGUGUGCUUUUAUCCUUUUAUGCUCACUUUCUUUUAGCAGGUGACCAUUCUGCAUUAGGAACUGGUACUUUUUCUUUAACCACCUUUCUUCCUCCGUGGAGAGAGCAUGGCAUGACCUGAAGGCCACCUCUCUCUUGGAAAAGGCUUUGAUGGAGGAGCUGGCAGGUGGUUGACACAUCUUGGAAAAGAAUGGGGAUCCGCAUCACUUCUCAUCUGUUUGCUUCUGAACUUCUUUGGCCAGAAACUCCUGAUCAGUGUUAAGGUGAUAAUUUCCCUCACGUGAUUUACUUAAAGAGUUUCAGAGCUAGAUGAGAUUUCAGAACUUUUAGUUCAGUCUCAUUUUACUGAUGAGGUUAGAUGUUUCAUUUCAGGUAACAGCUAGUUAACAACAGUAGAACCCCUGACUCAGCGCCUGGUACUUUUUCUGCAACUGUCUUAAUUGUGUUAUAUGUUUAUUUUAAAGUUCUACUUGAUGUCUUCAGGAAGAUACUUGAAAAGUCAACACUAUGUUUCAAUUAAUACAAUUCAAAGUGUUGUUUAAAGGAGUGUAUUGAGUGCAGCCUUAAUUAGUAAAAGUCAUCUUCAUUUUAACCCUUUUGAAACUACACUCAGUACAAACGGUCUUUUUCAUUAGGUGUAUGUAGCUAAAAUGGUAGUGUCUCAGCACUGGAAGGAGCGGCACAGCCUUAUCUGAGAGCCUUAGAAAACAGUUCUUGAAUGGAGGCAACGCGCUCAUUACCUUAAGUUUAUUUUGUGCUGAGCUUUGUUGAUUUGAGAAUCUCAUGCUUUAAAAGAAAAAAUUGACAAAAAAAUGACAGGGCCUGUGUAUAAAUGAUCCUUGCUGAAUAUCUUGAGGUUUUUUUGUAAAAAAAAUUAAACAAAAAGCAGACAAAAAGCUUAUUUUCACAUUAAAAUGGAAACGUCUUUUGCAACUUCAGAAUUCUAUGGAAAAGCAGUUUUUAUCAUAUUUUGUGUCCAUGCAUCUUUUUCUUAACAAAAUAGUUUACAGAAAAGAAUGUAAACAAUUUGUGAUCUGGCCAGUUGUGCUUACAGCUCCUGGAGGGAGGGUUGGUGUUACGCCUUCAGUAAGAACAAUGUAGGAAAACCUGAGGGAGCAUCUGUUGCCAGUAAUGUUUCUUGUGUGUGCCAUUAAACCACCUCCAGAUGAGUUGGGGGGACAUUUCACUUUUUAAUUUUGAAACUGUAUUUGGAAUUAAUUGUUGCUGUGUACUAAGAACUUGGCCUAAAUAAAAUCCUACAAGGUAUA